UUUAGCAACAGAUGUGCAUGUAUUGCAUGGCUAUACAUGACAAAUUCACGAAAAACUCCAUAGACAGACUUUAUAGUGUUUGUAAAUGUGUAACGAAAAGAAGAAAAAAUAAGAAAACAUGUUUUUGUCAUAUUUGGUAGUUGUCAUAUCAGCAAACAUGAUGCUUAUCCAAUCUCAUGAUUGUAAUGAUUAUGACCGAUUGGCAUCUGACCAGUCUUUGAUAGAUAUGAUGACACAUUGCCUCCAUACAUGUAUAAAACCAGCCGCUUCAGCAUCAGGAGUGACAUAUGUUCGUUGGGGAAAGAAAGCAUGCCCAAAAGGAGUAGAAUUGGUAUAUACAGGACAAGUUGGUGGUAACCAAUAUACAUAUAAAGGAGGAGGUGUAACAAACUUAAGCUUACCAAACGACCCCGAAAACGGAGAACCAUUAUCAGGUACCAAUGACCAGAUAGUUGGUGGCCAAUAUGAGCUUACUUCGCCAAAUAGACCAUCAGGAAUGAAAAGCACUUUGACCGAUAAUGAGGUGCCAUGUGCUGUUUGCUACCAAAGAAAAAGAUCAACUGUUCUUAUGAUACCAGGGAGAAAAACCUGUUACAAGGGCUGGACAUUUGAGUACACCGGUUAUAUCAUGUCAGAUCAUAAGGAUCACAGCAGCAAGGAAUAUGUAUGUGUUGACAAAGAUGCCGAGCCUGUGGACGAUAAGAAUAAGAAUGAAAACGGAGCUUUAUUUUAUGGAGUAAAAACCAAUUGUGGCAGUUUGAGGUGUCCACCGUACAAAAAUGCAGUGACUGUGCACUGCGUUGUUUGCACAAAAUAAAACGUUUUGUCAAAUUUAAUCAAAGAAACUUAAUGCAAUAUGUUUUUCUUUAAUCAUUAAAUGCCAGAUAUCUGUCUGUAUUUUCAGGAUUGGUAUCACUUAUAAUAACCUAUGUAGUGAGUGCCCUCAUAAAAAAUGAGAGAGUUUUCUAGUUUUGCUUGCAUUGUCCGUCCUCUUGUCUGCUGGUUAAAUUAAAAGCUACGUUUGUUAGGAAUAAGACACGAUAAAAUUUGUUACAGUCGUUUUUUCGUGAUAUGUAAUUGUUUAUAUAAUUUUUUCGUGGUCAUAGAAAAAUUACCUUCGAAAAGAAA